AUGGCAUCUUUGGACUUCGACCAGAAAUUCUUAGGUCGAAUAGCCAAACAGACAGCCGCUGCCAGCCCGCUCCUCUCAGACUCGCUCUAUCAAAUCCUCGGCCUCUCAGUCCUGUUGGCACGGAGGCUUGUCCGAGCUCGAAAGCUUAGGAAGUUAGAUACAUCUCGAGACACGCCAUCUCUCUCAGCCUACCAACACAUUCUAUGGCUAGCUCGUGAAGGACUCUCAAUAUUGGAGCUCUACGUCCUUCCCUAUGCCCAAGACAAUCAGCAUGGCCCAGAAUGCAGGGUGCUCAGCGUCAAGUUACGGGCCAGCUUCUAUCACAUCUUCUGCUUGUUUCAUAAUCAACCGCCCAUCACCGCGACAAACAUGCCAACGACUGACCCUCGAACUGCAAGCGCACCUCCUGUGCCGCUUUCACCGCGUUCGGGUAACGGACAGACCCGGAAGAUUGAAGCAGGGUCGAGCCUCUCGCCCUCUUCAAAGCGCACUGGAAAACAGCCUAUGCUGCGCGAGCCGAUAGACUCCAUCACGUCUGAGACAUCCUUUCUCACCAAUCCGUACGCCGCGGGUGGCCCGGUUGCAACCCCAUCACCAGGACCACCAAAUGCGCCCCCAGGCCUUAAUCCAGUGCCGAUACCCCAACCCUCGUCCUUCAUCCUUCCCCCCCUCAAUUUUGUUCCACUCGCUGGCGGCUACUUCACAACAGCUACGGCAUACGCAACAGCCUUUCUUCCUGGCUCACACCCACUUCGUCUCUCCGUCGCUCUCGAACACAGCGCUUUCCUCUGGGACUGCCUUCACGAUCAGGAGGGCUCCCGACGUAUGGCUAGACGCGCUAUUAAAGAUGUUUACCGCGCACAGGAAGCAAUGGAUGACACCGAAUUUGAAGACGCUGCAGAGCUUGUUGGCAUUUUGGGCCGGAUGAUGAAGCGCAAAAGUUGGGAAGGCACGCCACGCGUUCCUGGAUCUGUAGGAAGCCCGGCGCCAGUCGGUCCGAGUGGUGUCCAAGCUGGUGGUCGUGGCAGCGAGGAAGUCAAUGGGCUGCCUAUGGCGCCUAUUCCGCCCUUGGCGCCUAUUCCACCCAUUGCGCCCCUCGCGCCAGCCCAGCAGAAUCCGUCGCAAACAAGAAGGCGAGCCGCCGAAGUUCCUCCUAUUACGGCUUCACUAGCUCAGGUGCAGGGAAGAAGCGGAGAGAGGAGUCGAUCGAAUUCUGGAAGCAAAUCUGGUCGCGCAAACGCGAUCGCUGGAGGAAGCAUUGAGAACACACCAAGACAAGAGACACAGCGGUUAGCUGGUGGAGGAAGUCAAGACACAACGCCACGUGCGAAACAUCCCAGCAUGGAGAGCGGUGGUAGUACGACGCCAAGAGCUCCCCAGAGUGUUAGUGGGCGCUCUCCCGCUACACCCUCCACUGUCCGAACUAUUCAACAAUAUCCAGGCAGUGGUGGUUCUAAUAAAGGGAAGUCACCUGUAGUCGGAAACUCAACGCCCAUUGAGCCUAGCGCAGCAGCGACUCUUGCUUCUGAUGCUGUCCGAACCUCACCUAUUCUCCGCCGCUCUCCUCCACAAUCAUCACCCACACAGGAGAGCAUGUACGCAACGCAGCGAUGA